AUGCGCCUCAGCUACAUCCUAGUCGUUGCUGCCUCUAUCCUCUAUGCCCAUCAUGACAUUGUCGCUGCAGCCGGCAAUGACGUUGCGCUAACUGCGGUAAUGUCGUUUGGAUUUCUGUACCUCGCUGAUGCUGACCAAAGUAUCAGCCACCAGUCCCGAUUCCUGCGAGGCGACAAGAUCACCGAAGAUGAAAACGAAGAGCGAGUGAUUUCGGAAGCUCAGAAACUUGUCAACCAGUUAUUUUUGAAAACGAAGUCUUUUUCGGCCCUCCAGGACAUCCACCACACUGAUACGAUGCUCGAUGACCUUCUGGUAGCAGCAGAUGCCAAAAUGACGGUAGUAUUCAAGAGAGCUGCCAACACAGGUAUGCUACCUGACGAUCUGGCCAAGAUACUGCAAGGGUACGAAAAACUUGACGAUAAAUUCAGAGCUUUGGCAGUGGAUCAGUAUACCGACUACCUGGUGGCAAUAGGCAAAAUACCCAAGUCUCAAUAG